CAAGUUUCUGCUCCGGAUCGGAGUGAGAGUCCGGGCCGUGAGAAACCCCGGCGCCCACGGCUUUUUCACAAGUACAGUGAUGAGGAGCCGCUCGCCCGGCAGCCUGUGACGUCACUGCCUGAGGAAGGCGGAGGCCGACCAAGGCUGGGGUUCGGGGGCGGGAGUGGGGGGAGCACCCACUUCCUCUGUUUUGCUGGGAAGGUGUUGGGCGGAGCCUGUGAGGAAUGUCAGACACUCCGCCUCCGCCUCCACGGGUACCUCGUCACUGGUUUCUUUGGGAUUGUGGGGCCCGGUCCAGUCUCUGCUACUUAGGGAAGUGUUAGUCCCACACCUGUGGAAUUUAGCCUUUGGUACUCUGCUGUGCUGCGUUCCUGCAACAGGAGCAUAGAUGGUAGCAAGCUGAUGGUCAUACGUAGGAUAAAUGAACUAAACAAAUGGGUGCAUAAUAAAAGCCGACUUGAGUAUCAGUAGUCGGAACUGAAUGUGCAGCCUUAGACAGGAGACCUCAACACUCAAGAUCCGAGCACUUACUGUAUGCAAGGAUCUGUGCAACAGACACUUAUUGUAUUAUAUACCCGAACUGCCACCUCCCCUAGGAGUAGCUCUAAACUCAGCAAUGUUCUAGCACUUGGGAGGCUGAGUCAGGAGGAUUUUUGAGAAUAGUGAAUUCCAGGACAGCCCAGGAUGGACUACAUAGUAAUGGGCACCUCAGUUUAAUUAAAGCUGGAUGUACGCUUGGGCUGGUGUCGAGAUGGAGUGUCUAACCCAGUAAUCCAAGGACCAGACCCCGAGGCCACAAAGCAUGAUCUCCUUCUGUCCAGUCUGUGGCAAAAGUGUCAAGGUAUCAUUCAAGUUCUGCCCUUACUGUGGCAAGGCCCUGCCUGUAGAGGAGGAUGGAGGCACCCAGUCUGCCGUGACGCCUCAUGUGUCAUCCGUUCCAGGCUCCAGGAGAGACCUGAACUCCAGUUUUGAAACCUCUCCCAAGAAAGUGAAAUGCUCACACACUGUCACUUCUCUCCCACUCUCCCGCCACUCUGACUGUGACAGUUCUGGGUCAGACAACACCUUGACUUCUCCUGACAGGGCCACAGGCACCCGGAGCAGACCCCUGACCCCCAAAGGCAGCCCACUUUCCAACAGGCAGAGCCCUCAGACUCUGAAGCGGACCCGGGUGACCACCUCACUCCAGGCUCUAGCCACAGGAACAGAGCUGACAGACCAGAAUGGGAAACACUGGACCCUGGGGGCCCUGCAGAUCCGGGAUGACCAAGGCAUUCUCUAUGAAGCUGAGCCUACUUCUGCCGUCCCCUCUGAAUCAAGGACCCAGAAGUGGAGAUUCUCACUCAAACUGGACUCCAAGGAUGGGCGCCUUUUCAAUGAGCAGAACUUCUUUCAGAGAGUAGCCAAGCCUCUGCAAGUGAACAAAUGGAAGAAGCAGUUCUUGCUCCCGCUCCUGGCCAUCCCCACCUGUAUCGGCUUUGGCAUUCACCAGGACAAGUACAGGUUCCUAGUAUUCCCCAGCCUGGGGAGGAGCCUUCAGUCAGCCCUGGAUGACAACCCAAAGCAUGUGGUAUCAGAGAGAUGUGUGCUUCAGGUGGCCUGCAGGCUGCUGGAUGCUCUGGAGUAUCUCCAUGAAAAUGAGUAUGUUCACGGGAACCUGACAGCUGAGAAUGUCUUUGUGAAUCCAGAGGAUCUGAGCCAGGUGACCCUGGUGGGCUAUGGCUUCACCUACCGAUACUGCCCAGGUGGCAAACACGUGGCCUACAAAGAAGGCAGCAGGAGUCCACACGAUGGGGACUUGGAGUUCAUUAGCAUGGACCUGCACAAGGGAUGCGGACCCUCCCGCCGCAGCGAUCUCCAGACCUUGGGCUACUGUAUGCUCAAGUGGCUUUAUGGGUCCCUGCCAUGGACAAAUUGCCUUCCCAACACCGAAAAGAUAACUAGGCAGAAGCAGAAGUAUCUGGACAGCCCCGAGCGCCUCGUGGGACUGUGUGGCCGCUGGAACAAGGCCUCAGAGACCCUGCGGGAGUACCUGAAGGUGGUGAUGGCCCUCAAUUAUGAGGAGAAGCCACCCUAUGCCACGCUGAGGAACAGCCUAGAAGCUCUGCUGCAGGAUAUGCGGGUGUCACCCUAUGACCCUCUGGACCUCCAGAUGGUGCCUUAGAUGGAAUCCAGAGCUUCCGACUUGCAGCUUGAAGUAGAACAUGAAGUAGUGUGACUGGAGGCCUGUUUGAACUCAUAGCUCCUAAAAGAAUCCCUUGAAUGUGCAUUCUCACCGCUCCCUUAGGACAUAUGAAUCAGCACUUGUGUUGGGGAACCUGAGUCAUGUCAUGUAAUGUGAAACUCCUCCCUGUCUCAGCUCUGGCAGCUGUGGAUGGAGGUAAGUGGAUGCUGGCGGCGGCGGCGGCAGCAGCCACUCCACUCCCUAUGGCAUUUCUGUGAUGGCAUAAUAAACUGUUUUUAAUCAAA